CGGCGGACGGAUAUUGUCGUUUAAUACUUAAUAUAUUUAGAUAUCGAAAUUACCUAGGCUUGAAUUUGCACAAACCACUGCCACAUCAGCAGCAACAUAAUUUCGAUUAAAAACCCCGCUGCGGUAACCACGGUAACUCCCGUCCAUCCAAAUCUAUCGUUUUGCUGUCUAUUCAGCACCAUUCUGCUCCUGACCUAUCUCAGUUUCAUCGCAGAAAGACACACACACAGAGAGAGAGAACUGGUGAAGAUAAGCGUGAUAUCUCCACCUAUAUAAAUAGCCUACAGCUGCAAACUUCACGUGUCAGACCCAGCGCUACUGUUCCAGCCAUUUGGAUUUUUCUACUAGAUUAUCGAAGUAUUUUUGUCUGGCAGGAUUUUUGUGCGGAAGACAGGGAGGGAUGAGGUUCUGAGUGGUGGAGUGAAUGUAGUUUGCUUUCAGUCUCUGAGAGCUCCUCCUUUGUGGUUGUGGAGGAUAGUAACAUCGCUUUUGCUCAAUGAGAGCGAGAGGGCACGAGAGAGGACUGCAUUCUUCAUUUCAUUCUAUUGCUGUACUACCGCUCCUACUCCGUAAAGAGACUAUUAUGAGGAAGCCGUUUGUUCUCCAGGCCCUGGUCCAGCAGAUGUCCGUGUUUACCCACUUACAAAUUAAGUAAACGAAAGAAAACAACAUCAUGCAUCUCCCUCAAUAGAGUAACAUGUCCAGUCCUCCAUCUGACCAUUAAACUAACACCUCAUACAGCAAUGGGUUUAAAUCUUCCAGGUUCUGACGUUCUGAAGGAGUUUUUUACGGACAUGGGGCCCCUGGACUGUAAAAGGCAUCGGCACAUCAGGAGAAAACUAAGGCCUGUGCGCAUCCUGGGGCUGGUCUUGAGUCUUCUGGCAAUAAGCGGGGCGUCGUUUUCCUUCAGUGCCUUGACAUGGACCACGCGUCACACCACAGAGCUGUUCUCCACCACGGACAGCCAGCAGUCAGGGGCUAGACCCCACAGAACUCUGUUGGGAACAGAGGACCAGCAAGAUCAGAACGUCUCCAGUGGGCUGCCAGUUGCCAUGACACAGACGGUGGAGAACAAUAAAACCGAACCUGUCCACCAGGGAGACUACCCAGAAGACCUGUUCAGCCUGGAAGAAAGGAAAAGGGGGGCUGUUGUCUUGCACAUGUUUGGGAUGCUGUAUAUGUUCAUCGCCUUAGCCAUUGUAUGUGAUGAGUUCUUUGUACCCUCACUGACUGUCAUCACCGAGAAACUCGCCAUCUCCGAUGAUGUGGCAGGUGCGACGUUCAUGGCCGCGGGUGGAUCAGCUCCAGAACUCUUCACUUCUAUAAUAGGAGUUUUCAUCUCUCACAGCAAUGUAGGCAUUGGAACCAUAGUAGGCUCAGCAGUGUUUAACAUCCUUUUCGUCAUUGGGAUGUGUGCAUUAUUCUCCAAAGAGAUUUUGAACCUCACCUGGUGGCCACUCUUCAGAGACGUGUCCUUCUACAUUAUUGACUUGAUUAUGCUGAUUGUGUUCUUCUUGGAUAACUACAUCCACUAUUGGGAAAGUAUGUUCCUCCUGGCAGCUUACUCAACCUACGUUGUCUUUAUGAAGUACAACUCGAAUGUAGAAGGGGUUGUGAAAAAUAUUAUAAACAGGAAUAAAGUUAUGGAGGUGGCUGACGUCCAAGCAAAGCCAAGUACUGAUCCACCUGGAGAUGAAAACAAGUUGACGCUCAAGCCUCGUCUCCAGCGAGGAGGAAGCUCAGCGUCGCUGCACAACAGCCUGAUGAGGAACAGCAUUUUCCAGCUGAUGAUUCACACUCUGGAUCCGCUCGCUGAGGAGUUUGCCGAUUCUGAACUUGGGACAUAUGGAAAGCUAAAAUAUUAUCACACAAUGACUGAAGAAGGAAAAUUUCGGGAAAAGGCAUCCAUUCUUCAUAAGAUUGCCAAAAAGAAAUGCCAAGUAGAAGAUGGUGAGAAAGUCAAUGGUGUUGCAAAUCGUGCUGAUAAAGUAGAUCUUCCCAACAGCACCAAUGUAGAAGUGGAGGUUACACCUCCCAUGCAGAAUGGAAAUGUGUUACAUGGGAUCGAGGCUGAAGGCCAGGGUGGUGAUGAUGGCGAAGAUGAUGAAGAUCAGCCCCUUAGCCUGUCCUGGCCAGAAACCAAUCGCAAGCGUGUCACAUAUCUCUUAAUUCUGCCCAUUGUCUUCCCACUCUGGCUUACUCUUCCUGAUGUCCGCAAACUGACUUCAAAGAGGUUCUUUCCCAUUACGUUCUUUGGCUCCAUCUGCUGGAUUGCAGGAUUUUCCUAUCUCAUGGUGUGGUGGGCUCAUCAGGUUGGAGAGACCAUAGGGAUUACAGAAGAGAUUAUGGGAUUGACAAUAUUAGCAGCUGGUACCUCAAUUCCUGACCUAAUCACAAGUGUCAUUGUGGCACGCAAGGGGCUUGGCGAUAUGGCCGUGUCCAGCUCUGUGGGCAGUAAUAUUUUUGACAUCACUGUUGGACUUCCUCUGCCAUGGCUCUUAUACUCCUUUAUCAACAACAUGGCCCCCGUGGCAGUCAGCAGCAAUGGGCUCUUCUGUGCCAUCGUGCUGCUCUUCCUCAUGCUGCUGUUUGUCAUUGGUUCCAUCGCUGCGUGCAAGUGGAAGAUGAGCAAGCUCCUGGGUUUAAUCAUGUUCCUGCUCUACUUUGUGUUCCUAGUGGUCAGCGUAAUGCUGGAGGACAAAAUCCUUGUGUGCCCAAUCUCCAUCUGAGCUGCCCCGCACUUUCCAUAGAGUAUUUUUCAUUUCAUAAAGGAAAGAAGGAAGCAGGAGUUUGGGAAGGAAGAGGGGGCUGGAUUUAGUGGCUGAACCAAAAGCACGGACCGGACUCUCCUGACUUUUUGACAUGAACAACACAAGACUUGGCCUAAGGUCCCUAUCCUCCUGAUAGGUGGGUUAGUUAUGUCUGAAAUACAAAAUUAUAUUGAACAAAAUGAAUGACAGAAGAAGAGAAAAAAUAACCGAAUAGCACUGAAUUGUUGCUGUGGUGGAUUCAAAGAGAAGAUCUUCUCAGCAAUUCUGAGGGCAGAACAAAGACUACCACAAACGUUCAGAGGCUUGAACUUUGUCUUUUAAAUUCAAAUUAAUGGUUGGAUGAACAUGCAUUUAGCAUACACUGUGAAUAUGCAUGUGCUGAAGGCAAGGCAUCAGAAAACCGUGAAAAGUGAACAUCUGGUGCUAUUCUGAAAGGCAAAAUCCUUUGUCUGGAAAAUGUGUGACUGCUACUGUUCAUCUGAACUAUUCUACAGACACUUAAGUGAAAAAUCACUGCAGAAGAGAAGCUUGGAUAAAUGCAUAAGAUGGGGGCUAUAACAAAUACACGUUCUAGAUAAUGUUCCAGCCCAUGGCGAAAGCUAAGCUAAUCAUCCCUUUGAACUGUUUAUUGUGACACAAGACAAAGUGUUACACACGCAGCUGUAGAAGUAGCUAGCUCCAAACUGUCAUCAGCUGUUCUAGCGGGCACAGACGGUUCUGAAGUGUUUGAAACUAAAAACUUCCUUUUCUUGCUCAUAAAUUCAGUGAACAAAUACUAAAUUUGUCAUCUUAAGUGGAUGUCAGAUCUACCUAGGGUAAUGCAUAUGGUGGUUGUUUGUGUAUGUGAAGGGGGUUCUGAUUGAGUCAGGUAGGAGGCAGUAAAAUUCAUCAUGUAUAAUGUGAAGCCUGCCAUCAAAACUGAUUAUGUUCUUCUAAAGUCAAUUCCUAUAUAACAAACUAAGUUUCCUUAAAGGGUUUAUUCAUUAAUUGUGGUGAUCAAGUACUCCUUCUUGUUGAGUGUUAUAUCUGUAACAUUUAUAAAACAUUUAAUUUAGUUCAUCUUUUCACACUGCUAAUGGACAACAAGAGGUCAUCUGUAAUAAAAACUGCAGUAAUUCAUUGCUUUUGGAGGAUGCAACCAUAUAUAAAAGUUAAAAAAAAUGUUUAGAUAUAACUAACAUUUCCUACAUUUCUCUUUCAAAAAAGCAUGUGUAAAAAUUAAAUUAAUUGCAUCUUAUACUACAAAGGUGGGUCUGUAUAUAUAGCUUCAGCUUAAAGUAUUAGGCAGCCUUUCAUACUUCAGUGCAAGGUACUAUUCUGGAUAGCUUUUAAGGAAAUAUUGUAUUGAAAGCAAAAUCAAGAUUUACUACUUUUUCAGACUUUCAUUCCUGGAUCAAAAGUUCAACCGAGAACAAAAGAAUGUUUUUUGCUAAAAUACUAGCGUGUGAUACACUUUUUGUUUUAAGUGUACAUUAUCCUGUUGAAACCAAGCUUCAGAAUGAUUUAAAUUAGAGGUAAUUCCUCAGUGGAGAGCUUUCAGAUGUUUUUUUUCCAGUUUGUGUAGAUAUAAAACUCACUCUAACCUUAAAAAAGCAGUUUGUCAGCCCCUGUUGAUGACACAUACUCCAACACCUUAAAGCAUACAUUGCCAAAUUGGGGAUUUUCAAAUAAAUACUAAAUACUUCAACCAAACAAAUGCAAAAUACUUCAAUGUUAAGACAGAAUUGAUCAGGACAAAAAAAAUAUGAAUAAGUAAUAGUCUCUUAAACGUUUAUGGAGUAUAUUAAUUUAAUCUCAUCUCAGCAUAUUAGCUCAGUACUCAGUCUAGAUUUUCCAUUCUUUUUCUAGUGCUAAUCUGUUUUUGUGGGUUUGACGUUAGACCUUUUUUACUUUAAAUCCCUUAAGUCCACCUUCAUUUAGUCUUUUUCUUCAGGUUUAAUCUAACGUAUUCCGUGAACUUCUGUUGAGAGUAUGCAGAUAUUUUUAUGCAGAUUGUUACCACAGACAUUUUAAAUGGCCAUCUAAAAUUAUGUCAUCUAUUUUGCCCACUUCAGUGGGAUUAGGCCUGUAUAAAACAAUUUAGGGCAGCAUGGUCCAAGCACAACAAAGAAAUUAGGGCUCCUGUAACUAAUUCUCCUGUUACUAAGUCUAAGCAGAAAUAACAGGAGAUCAAUUUCCUGAAAAAAACUAAAGCUAGGUUUUGUUUUCAAGUAGAUUAUCCAAAAUAAUGCAUCCAAUUGUAUUCAAUCUGAAACUUUUGACUAAAUGUAAAUCAAUGUUUAUGAUUCAAACAGAUACAUGCAAUCCAUUUAUAUUUAUAUACACAAUCAACAAUAUUUCUUUUUCACAGGAUAAUACAAAUCUUAAUGGUUAGAAUUAAAUGUAUAUAAAUUACAAAUGUAUUUAUUUGAUCAAUGUACUUUACCAAUUCUGUACAUUGUUAUAUGCUUAUGAUUUUUAUUCAUAAUCAUAUAUCAAUUUCCAGAAUUGGUAAAGUACAUAUUUAUUGCCUUCUUUCCUACAAAUGAAUAUUGUCAUUAGUAAUUGGUUCAACUGACCAAUCAGAAACCUUGGUUUGUUUGUGACUCACUAAGCCAAUGCAGAAUUCAGAUUCCAUAGUCAAACCAUACAGUACAUGUUUGAAUAGGGGAAGUUUUUAUUUUUAAAACUUACAUUUUUGUUUUUUUAUGCCGAAACGACAAUACUUGGAUAACAUCUAAUAGCUUGUGUCUGUAACAUUUUUUGUGAAACCUAAUCCAUUUUAGUAUUGUUUAUUUUUUUUAUUUUUGUUUUUACAUUACUCUGAGUUUCAAAGUGACAUCAUGGUGACAUACUUUACAACGUCUAAGCAGCUUUGUGCAAAUAUAUAACAACAAAAUGCAAAUAUUUGAAAGCUACACUAAGAAUUCAUCUAAUUGCCUGCAUUAACAAUGCUCUGGAUACUCAAUUACAAAAUAAAUUAAGGUUUUAGAGUACACAUAUAUUGCAAUUUUCUGAUUGAUUUUGUAAAUAGUAGUGUAUAAAUAUUACAUUUUAAACAUUUGAAAGCUUCUAAGAAUACCAAACCACAGGUGGUUCUUUGUUGAAGUUUUUUUUUAACAUUUUAAAUUGAAACGGAAAAUCUGUUUGGAGAUAUUUGAUUGGUACAGAAUAUUCUUUCUUUCACUCAUGUUAUUGAAAGCAUAGAUAUUAUUCUUUUUAUCAUGAUAUUGCAGUCAUUUGCAAUCCACCAACAUAAAUACACUGAAGUUUUUUGUAACGUCAUAUAAUCUGAAAUGAUAACAUCAUAAUUUAAUCAUAGAUGUUUCAUUGCCAACGUCAAUGUUUAAGUUGCUUUCCCAAAAGUAGAUUACGACAGUAUAAUGAGUUGCUCUGUUAAUGUGAGCAGAUGUAAGAAAAAUAAAGUUUUUUCUGUCAUCAAGAGCAUGCGUCACUUUAGGAAGUCAAGAAUAUAGUGUUUGUUGCAAGACUAUUAACCUUUAGUAUUGUACAAGUUGCUUCAUAGUGUAUUUUAAGUAAAAAAAAUGUACAGCUAACACUCCAGUGGUAAAAUAGAUUAGUAUAUUGCCUCUGGACUCACAUCAAUAAGAUAGGAUAAAUAGACCUCACAGCUGAAUACCUAUAUAAUAUUCAUUGUUUAGUUAUAGAAUCUAGUCUAUGUCACACGAGUGACGCAAACUAAUGUUAUUCACAGAUUUGCACAGCUGAUGUGUAUUAAAAGUGUAUUAUUCCUUCCUUAUCUAAUACGUGUGUAUUUACAGCAUUGAAAUUUGCAGGUCAUUUAGAGGCCAUCAUGGACAUUUGUAAUUAAUGCAUCAAGAGGACUCAGUAGUGGGCUUUGUUUCUGAAUUAAAAGUGCACAUUAAGCGAGUUGGUUUUCACCCUCGAUAACUAACAUGUAAGAAGAGAAUAAAAUUCACAGAAGCAUGGAUAUAUAUACAAUAUAACGUGGAUGUUGAAUUAAUACAUUACAACUGUGAAAUACUUAGCACCAUGUUACUUUGUACAUAGGCUAUUGAAAUUACAUGGGAUGAUACAUGUUUUUCCUAAAACAUGAUCUUGCACUGUUAUUGUGUAUGUGUAAGAUUUCUUUUCAAUGACAUAUAUAUAAUAUAUAUAACCAUAUAAUAUAUACUCUUGUUUACUUGAAUCUAUUAAAUGGUAUUUAUGUAAAGAUGCAUAAAAUAUGUAUUAAGAUAUUAUGGAAAUAAAGUAC